AUGGCACAACAUUAUGGCUAUGCUGGGCAACCACCCUAUCAGCAGCCAGGUUAUCAGAAUCAGAAUGGAGGAAAUCCAUAUCAGCAAGGUCCACCAUAUCAGCAUGGU